AUGGUGCAGAAAUCGCGCAACGGCGGCGUGUACCCCGGCCCGAGCGGGGAGAAGAAACUGAAGGUGGGCUUCGUGGGUCUGGACCCCGGCGCCCCCGACUCCACGAGGGACGGCGCGCUGCUCAUCGCUGGCUCCGAGGCCUCCAAACGCGGCAGCAUUCUGAGCAAGCCGCGCGCGCCCGGCGCCGGGAAGCCCCCUAAGCGCAACGCCUUCUACCGCAAGCUGCAGAAUUUCCUCUACAACGUGCUCGAGCGGCCGCGCGGCUGGGCGUUCAUCUACCACGCCUACGUGUUUCUGCUGGUCUUCUCCUGCCUCGUGUUGUCUGUGUUCUCCACCAUCAAAGAGUACGAGAAGAGCUCCGAGGGCGCCCUCUACAUCCUGGAAAUCGUCACCAUCGUGGUGUUCGGCGUGGAGUACUUUGUGCGGAUCUGGGCCGCCGGCUGCUGCUGCCGGUACCGCGGCUGGCGCGGGAGACUCAAGUUCGCCCGGAAGCCCUUCUGUGUGAUUGACAUCAUGGUGCUCAUCGCUUCCAUUGCGGUGCUGGCCGCCGGCUCCCAGGGCAACGUCUUCGCCACGUCCGCGCUCCGGAGCCUGCGUUUCCUGCAGAUUCUGCGGAUGAUCCGCAUGGAUCGCAGAGGGGGCACCUGGAAGCUGCUGGGGUCCGUGGUCUACGCCCACAGCAAGGAGCUGGUCACUGCCUGGUACAUCGGCUUCCUCUGCCUCAUUCUGGCCUCCUUCCUGGUGUACUUGGCGGAGAAAGGCGAGAAUGAUCACUUUGACACUUACGCAGAUGCGCUCUGGUGGGGCCUGAUCACCCUGACGACCAUUGGCUACGGGGACAAGUACCCCCAGACCUGGAACGGGAGACUCCUGGCGGCCACGUUCACCCUCAUUGGCGUCUCCUUCUUCGCUCUGCCUGCAGGCAUUUUGGGGUCUGGCUUUGCCCUGAAAGUUCAAGAGCAGCACCGGCAGAAGCACUUCGAGAAGCGGAGGAACCCUGCAGCCGGCCUGAUCCAGUCUGCCUGGAGGUUCUACGCCACCAACCUCUCCCGAACGGACCUGCACUCCACCUGGCAGUACUACGAACGCACGGUCACUGUGCCCAUGUACAGCUCGCAAACCCAAACGUACGGGGCCUCCAGGCUGAUCCCACCCCUCAACCAACUGGAGCUGCUGCGGAACCUCAAGAGCAAAUCUGGUCUCACCUUCAGGAAGGAGCCUCAGCCGGAGCCUUCACCAAGCAAGUCCGGGCCCAGACCCUGCAGAGAGUCCCUGUGUGGAUGCUGCCCUGGACACUCUAGCCAGAAGGUCAGUCUGAAGGACCGUGUCUUCUCCAGUCCCCGAGGCGUGGCCACCAAGGGGAAGGGGUCCCCUCAGGCCCAGACGGUGCGGCGGUCCCCCAGCGCUGACCAGAGCCUCGAGGACAGCCCUGGCAAGGUGCCCAAGAGCUGGAGCUUCGGUGACCGCAGCCGGGCACGGCAGGCAUUCCGCAUCAAGGGUGCAGCAUCGCGGCAAAACUCGGAAGAAGCAAGUCUCCCCGGGGAGGACCCCGUGGAGGACAACAAGAGCUGCAAUUGCGAAUUUGUCACGGAGGACCUGACCCCUGGGCUCAAAGUCAGCAUCAGAGCCGUGUGUGUCAUGAGAUUCCUGGUGUCCAAGCGGAAGUUCAAGGAGAGCUUGCGGCCCUAUGAUGUGAUGGAUGUCAUCGAGCAGUACUCGGCCGGCCACCUGGACAUGCUGUCCCGCAUCAAAAACCUGCAAUCCAGAGUGGACCAGAUCGUGGGCCGGGGCCCAGCCAUCACUGACAAGGACCGCACCAAGGGUCCAGCCGAGGCAGAGCUGCCCGAGGACCCCAGCAUGAUGGGGCGACUGGGCAAAGUGGAGAAGCAGGUGCUGUCCAUGGAGAAGAAGCUGGACUUCUUGGUGAAUAUCUACAUGCAACGCAUGGGCAUCCCCCCGGCCGAGACCGAGGCCUACUUUGGGGCCAAGGAGCCGGAGCCGGCACCGCCCUACCACAGCCCCGAGGACAGCCGCGAGCACCUGGGCAAGAAUGGCUGUAUCAUCAAGGUGGUUCGCUCCGCCAGCUCCAUGGGCCAGAAGAACUUCGCGGCACCGCCUGCCGCGCCCCCCACCCCGUGCCCACCUUCCACCUCAUGGCAGCCGCAGGGCUGCCCACGCCAGGGCCCCGGCUCCUCGCCUGUGGGGGACCCCGGUGCGCUGGUGCGCAUCCCGCCCCCACCCACCCACGAGCGCUCGCUGUCCGCCUACAGCGGGGGCCACCGGGCCAGCUCAGAGUUCCUGCGGCACGAGGAUGUGGCCCGGCCCCCCGAAGGCGGCCUGCGGGACAGCGACACAUCCAUCUCCAUCCCGUCCGUGGACCACGAGGAGCUGGAGCGCUCCUUCAGCGGCUUCAGCAUCUCCCAGUCCAAGGAGCAGCUGGAUGCACUGGGCUACGCGGCCGUGGCGCCGUGCGUCAAGGUCAGGCCCUACAUCGCCGAGGGCGAGUCGGACACGGACUCUGACCUGUGCACUCCAUGUGGGCCUCCGCCACGCUCGGCCACCAGCGAGGGCCCCUUCGGCGACCUGGGCUGGGCCGGCUCCCGGAAGUGA